AUGUCCAGUCGACUGUUAAAAAAGUUUCUGAAGGAGAAGACGCGCGAUGAGAUAAAAACACUGGGAGAGUCGCUGGAGGAGGAGGUGACGGUCAGGCCAAAGAAGAAGAACGUCUUUGCGUACUUGGGCGACUCGGACGGGAGCGCGGAUAGCCAGACUGAUGGGACGGUUGAAGAGGGCAACGAAAAAGUAGCGUGCAAAGGUAAGAAAGGGAAGCAGUCACAGAAUGGUAGCGCGAAGCAACAGCAAAAUGGCAACGCGAAGCAGUCUCACAAUGGUAACGCGAAGCAGUCUCACAAUGGUAACGCGAAGCAGCCACAACAUGGCAACACGAAGCAACAGCAAAAUGGCAACGCCAAGAAGAAGAAGAAAAAGAAGAAAAAUUUGGACCAGGAAAUCGACAACAUACUUCACACAAUGAACGCGGAGACGAAACAAAAAAAAAAAGGACCCUCAAAUGGAAAUGACCCCAAUGAAGAGCCCCACGAAAAGGGAGAGGAGGGGGGCGUCCCACCCCAAAUGGAACUCCCCGAAUUGUCCGCAUGCACACACGAAAAAUAUGAUUAUUGCUUAAAGCUAGAAAAAGGAAAUUUCGAUGUUAAUAUAGAAUUAAAAAGAAUAUUUGGAAAAGAUUUCGUCAAGGAAAAAAAAUUCAUACAAAAAAGUAAAAUCAAAUUUAUAAAAAAUUGGCUUAUACAAGAUUACACUACAAAAAUAGUCCAUCCACCAAUUGCCAUGAAAAAAUAUUUAAAUGAAUUUAAAUUAGAAAAAUAUAGUCUCUACUUGGAAGCAGAAAAUCUUUUUUACGUCCUAUUAGAUACUCACGACAUAGAAGCAAUGCAUAAUUUAAUAAAAAAAUAUCCUUUUCAUGUGGACACGUUAUUAGUCCUGUCAGAGUAUUAUAAUGAAUCUAACAAUUUUGAAGUAGCUAAUAAAUUCACGAAAUUAGCUCUGCUCAUUUUACAACACGUCUUUCACAUGGACUUCCACCCCAACCACUUAAAUAAAGAAAGACACAUUUACGUGAACCCGUACCUAUAUGAUAAUAAAGCACUUUUUAAAGCACUUUACAUGCACAUGAUGUCUUUAGAAAAUGAAGCCUGUACAAUUACCUCACUUGAAGUUGCUAAACUGUUGUGUAAAAUUGACGUACAAUUUGAUUUGUGUAGUAUUCUUCUUCGAAUCGAUAGCUUAAUUUUAAAAUGUAAUUUAUUUGAGUUCCUUAUUUAUUUCUCUUUCAAUUUUGUUAUACAAAAUGUGCAGUGCGUCGUGCCACCUGCAAAGCUUAGCCAAAUCAUAAACACCUCCUUCCCUUCCGCGAAAAACAAGUUCUUCCACGACUCGAUGCGCUUCCCUGAAGUGAACCACCACAAGUUGGACGAAGACAUGUUGAAGAGGCAAGCGGCGCAGUAUUAUUUUGACCAGGAGGGCAAUUUACACGAGGGCAACUUACACGGGGAUAAUGUGCACCAGGGCAAUGUGCACGAGGAUAAUGUGCGCGAGGGGCAAAGCGCCCUACAGGAAGAGCCAACAAGUAAAAUAAACCACCUGACCGAUGCAUGCACCCAGGAAGGGCCGACCCCCAUCACAGACAAAAGAACAGACCAAGUGGACGACGCGGAAAUGGAAUCCCCACGUGAGGCAGAUUGGAGUGAUGGACCACUUAAUGAGAUGGACAGUGACCGUAUAUCAGAGUUGUCCAUGGGGUCGGAUGAGUCUGAGCACUCUGAUCAGUCCUCAGUCGACGGGUCGCAUGACCAAUGCUCCAUCGACCAGCCCGACGAACAAUCCUCCGUCGACGGGUCGGACGAGCAAUCCUCCGUCCGUGAGCCGCUUCACCAGGAUGAGCCGCUUGAACAGGAUAAGCCGCUUCACCAGGAUGAACCGCUUCAGCAUGAGCAGGACCCCCUGGACGGGCCCGCUGGAAUCGCCCAAGAAGGCAGAAUCGGCGAACAGACCCUCCAGAGCAAACUCCUAUUUGACAAUUUCGAAAUAAGGUUGCACUUCAUCCUCCCCAACUUCGCCUUCUCUCUACCGCUAAGCAUGUACCUGAAGAAUAACAACGUGGUCGACCACCAGCAGAUUCGCUUGAUCAGCGUGGACGACCUGGUGAGCUCCUUCACCUAUGAAGAGUGUCGCUUCCUGAGCCCCCACUGUUCCAUUCGUUUUGACUGCCACAGGGGUGGCCACAGUGGCAAACAAGACCGACUUAGCCAAAGUGACCAUGCUAAGAAUCACCUCGAUAGUGGUGAGAACGAUACGAGCGCCCUUCCCCAACUCAACCCCGAUCAACACAAGAAGGAACAAGUACCCUCCCUGUCCUUCUCCGCACACUUGACCCUCCUAAGAGCACUCCUAUGCUUCCCCAAUUUCCUGCACACCUUUCUUAAUUAUAACAACUUCAAAACAACCAAGGUGGUGAAGAAAACCAUUUAUGAAACGUCCUUCAAGGACAUCCUGGCCAGCCCUCCCUUUUCCUCCCCUAGUCUAUUUCGCGAGGGAGACGAUGAGACAGUACAAAAAUUAAUUUCGUGUUACCUGGAAAAGAACAACAUAUAUUACAAGUCGGAGAAAAUCAUCACAUGGUUUCACGUGUGCAGCGCGUUCCUGCAUGACUUGUACAAGGACCCCGCAGCCACCCAAGCGCUAGAUAAAGCACGAACUCAGUGGCACAGCAAGAUCCCCCUCCUCGACAUAAACAAGUACAAGGAUGUCCGGGUCGGAGAAUUCAAAUCAAAUAAUUACCUGCUACCAGACUUCAUGAUGGAAAAAAACAGAACCUACACUCCACACAUAACAGGAACCCCCUCCAAUUAUUACGUCUCCUUGAACAGCAAUUUGAUUAUAGCCUUCUUCCAGAGUUUACUCCCCUGGUAUCAAGUGGACUACUAUGGCACGCAUUCAAGGCCUGUCUACUUCACCACGCUUAUACAAAACGUGGUGAACGAAACCAAGCGUCUUUUUAAUUUCGAGUAG